CAUUUUAUGGUGUGAGGGUGUGCCUGUGUGUGCAGCGGGCAGCACAUCCUAGCCGCCCAAAAUGUCUGAAUCUACGCAUACUUUGUACAUACACGGUACACACCACACCAAUGGAGGCGCAGCAAUGGUUCGGUCCCCUACCAGCGGGGACUUUUUGAAGUAUAUCUUUUCUACGGUGCGGUAUCUGCUGAUCGGAAGGGAUGCGGGAAAGCAGAUGUUCCAAUUGGUCAGCCAGCAAAAUAUCUCGUCACGGGUAUUCGUCCGCCCAAUUGUGCUCUCGGCCGACGGGGCCCCAUGGCGUUACAUGCGAUCAAAAACUGGACGUGGCAGUGCCGGGAUAGUCCUUCAGGAUCGCAUCAAGGGCAUUGGUUAG